AUGAGUCAAUUUCCACCAGAAAGAAUACGAAAUCUAUCAAUCAUUGCACAUAUCGACCACGGGAAAUCUACCCUAGCAGAUCGCCUGCUUCAAAUGACUGGAACCGUUCCCCCCGAAUCCUCCCCCCAAUUCUUAGACAAGUUGAAGGUAGAAAAGGAAAGAGGGAUCACCGUGAAAGCGCAGACCGUCUCAAUCAUCCACACCCACACCGACGGUCACAAGUAUCUCAUCAAUCUGAUCGACACACCGGGGCACGUCGAUUUUAGUUAUGAGGUUUCGCGGAGUCUGGGAGCUUGUGAAGGAGCACUUCUGCUGGUGGACUGUUCGCAGGGCAUCCAAGCUCAAACAUUGUCCGUAUUUCAUCACGCUCUAGAGGCCGAUCUCUCCAUGCUCGCUGUCAUCAACAAGGUCGACCUCCCCCACGCAUAUCCCGACGAAACUUCUGAAGAGAUAGCCUCCUCCCUUGGCUUGGAAAAAGACAGACAUCUCAGGAUUAGCGCAAAGAGUGGGCUUGGGGUGGACACUGUACUGGGUAGCAUCAUCGAGGGACUGCCCUCGCCGAGUCCAUACGAGGGGGGAGAAGAUGGGAAGUUGCGAGGACUGAUUUUCGACACCUUCUAUGACCAAUUCAGAGGAGUUGUAUCUCUUGUGCGCAUCUUUGCUGGCUCUCUUAAGAAGGGCGACAAAGUCCGUUUCCUCCAAGCUGAUCGCAAAUACGAAAUCCUCGAAGUCGGGCUCAACAAUCCCGAUGAAGUCCCUGUCGAGCGACUGACCGUUGGCCAGGUCGGGUACAUCGUGUGCAAUAUGAAAGAUUCAGGAGAGGCUUUCAUUGGAGACACCAUCUGUUGGGCGGACAAGGUCGUGGAUCCCCUACCGGGAUUCCAGCCUAUGAAAGCCAUGGUCUAUGCGGGUGUCUUUCCCAUGGACAGCGGGGACUUUCCCAAGCUCGAAGAAUCUAUUGAGAGGCUGACACUAAAUGACCGGAGUGUGUCUGUGCAAAGAGAGUCAUCGGCGGCUUUGAGUCAAGGUUUCCGACUCGGUUUUUUGGGCACGCUGCAUAUGGAUGUCUUCCGACAAAGAUUGGAAGACGAGUACUCUUCAGAAGUCAUUGUCACUGCCCCUACUGUCCCCUACAAAGUGGUAUUUACAAAUGGCACAGAGCAGUUCAUAUCCAAUCCCGUCGAGUUUCCCGAACCAGGCGACCCUAAAGCCCGCGUUGCGCAUGUCGAGGAGCCUAUGAUCAAUGCCACCAUCUUCGUUCCCAAUGAGUAUAUCGGCUCUAUGAUGGAUCUCUGUGCUCGUUAUCGGGGUAUCCAAUUAGAGUACCGGAUACUGGAAAAUAGCGAACGGGCUGUCCUCAGAUACACCCUCCCCUUGUCUGAGAUUGUGACAGAGUUCUUCUCGGAGCUGAAGAGUCAAAGCUCGGGAUUUGCGUCGUUUGAUUAUGAAGAAGCGGGGUAUGAGCAGUCGCCCCUGGUCAAGAUGAACAUUUUGAUCAACGGCAAACCAGUGGAUGCGCUGUCGAUGAUCGUGCACAAGUAUGCUGCUCAAGCCAUAGGAAAGGCGUGGGUGAAGAAGCUCAAGGAGGUCGUGCCGAGACAGCAGUUCGAGUUGUCCAUCCAGGCGGCUAUAGGCGCAAAGGUCAUCGCUCGAGAGAAUGUGUCGGCGUUUAGAAAAGAUGUCACUGCCGGCCUCUACGGAGGCCACUAUGAUCGAAAACUUAAGCAUCUCAACAAACAAAAGGAGGGCAAAAAGAAGCUCAAGAAGCUCGCCGGCAAUAUCGAGAUCCCCCAGUCAGCAUACUACAAGGUGCUGUCCUCGCGGCCGAGAGGCUUUGCUACUUCAGCUAGGACUACUGUUGGUCUGGCCUUGGGUCUGGCAAGUUAUCCUCAGCCUCCGUUGCCGAUGGGUGGCUGGGGAUUUGAGCGUUCCCACAGCGCGUUUCAGCCCUUCUCUUCUUCCUCUCAACCCGACACCAAAGACAAGGACGCACUUUCCGAGUCAAUUGACCCCAUCCUCCGUCACAUCUCUCAUCUGUCAGCGCCCAGUCUGACACCGCCAAAAUCUGAACCAAAUCCCGAGAUAAACCCUAUCGCCCAACACACUCUUUCUCCCAUAGACCGAUCUUCUUCCCUCUCCCAUCUGUUCCGCCUCUCAUCCCUCUCCUCGACCUCGUGCUCGUCCUCCACUCGCCUUCUUCAAGCAUACACUGACUUGUACAUGACCUCCCCUCACACUCAGCUGUUCUCCGUGGGAGAAGUCUCCGAAGUCCUAAAAGCUCUCAGGAUGCUCCAACUCCGAGAAGGUGCAGACAAGGAACGGGCGGAGGAACAGAUAGAAGCCUUGGUGGAAGAAAUAAAAUAUUUGGUUGGCGAUAAAAAGGGGUUCAGAGGUCUGGAACUGCUCGUGCUGAGCUCCAAGACGAUGCAGCACAGGCAGGUGAGAGACAAGGACGUGUUUGAAGUCGAAAAGACUCUCAAAUCAUUGUUCCCUCGGCCGCCUAAUGUGGAAGAUGGACCUGCAAGGAGACGCUUCAAGGCUGGGAUCAACUAUGCGAUGUACCUCCUCGCCCUGUCCGGGAAGGAGGCGCGAUUUGGGGAUUGGUGGGACGUCUUGGAGAAGGAAGGUCUCGAGCCUGACGGCUACACCUGGUUGGCUCGUAUGAUACUAGCAGAGAAAAUGGGAAGAGGCGAAGAGCUCUUCGACAUCCUGGAACAUGCCUUCCAGUCUUCCAACAUGGCGACGGAAGACCAUUCCGUGCUGGUCAAUUAUGCUUUGGCAGGGUUUGGCAGGAUGGGCCGAUGGGAUCUCGUAACCGACGUCUACCGGGUACUUCGACCAGAGACGGAAGAAGGCGAUUUGGUCACCAUCGAAUCGGCUACCUCCCCUUCAUCAUCAACUUUUGCUUCGGAUAUCCCAUUGCCCAAGUCGGGAAUCACUCUCGGACACCGAUCAUACUCUCCUCUACUCGCCGCCCUCGCAACCCAAGGCAACAUGCCCGGGGCUCUGACGAUCCUGAAACACAUCUUUGAAGAUGACCGCUCGCCCUCUGUUGCCGACUACAACGCGCUCUUCAAAGGUUUUGCCCAAUACGGCGAGACGCCGUCUGGCGUCAUUGAUGCCGGACCAGCGGGAGUAAUGCUCGGUGUUUCUUCAGAGACUUCAUUCAAGGCAAGCGAUGUGACGGGAUCGUUCGAAGAACGAAUGAGUGGGAUCUGGGAACGGGGAGCAAUGUUUGGCGCAGUAAAAAAUCAACCCCGACAAGAGAAACGAGUCGAGGGUUGGUCCCUGGAAACGCUUGAGGGUAUAUUUGAAUCUUUCAUGACACUCCGCCCAUCUUCCCCGCCUUCUCCACCAUCGUCCGAAUACGGUACACUUGUCAAAGCUGCGAGGGAAACACCGUAUUACGCCAAUGCUCCUAGCCGGAAAGCUGUAUGGACCAUCAUGCGUGCCUUUGCGCGGGUGACAGGCGGGGACGAUGAUAUGCUGAGGCAGGUGUGGGAGAGGUUGGAGGGGAAAUUCGGAGAACAGGGGAGUGAGGGAUGGAGAGGGUGGAGGGAAGAUGGAAGGUUGAAGUGGCUGAAGAAGAACUUAUACGAGCAGUAA